UCCGGCGGCGGAGGGACGCGUGGCCGCGGGCGGGGACCGGAGCCUUCCUUUCGCGGGGCUGCGGGCGGCCAGAGUGCCGAGCAUGCUGUCCCUCCUGGUCAGGGCCGCCGCCACGGCCGUCCCGCUGUGCCGCUCGUCCUUGUGCUCGCUGGCCCCGUGGGGGCGGGCGGCGGGUCUGCCCGCGGCCUGUGGGAGCUGGGCCCCGCCGCCGUGGCGCGGGCCCCGCGGGCUGCUGGCCGUGCUGCCGCCGCUGCCGCCGCUGCUGGCCGGGCUGAAGACGAAGACGGCGCUGAGGAGGCGAUGCAAGGACUGCUACAUCGUCCGGCGGCGCGGGCGGGUCUACGUGUGCUGCAAGAGCAACCCCCGGCACAAGCAGCGCAAGGGGUAGCCCUGGCCGGGACCGACCCCGCCGGGCACAGAGCUGGCGCCGGGUCCGGCUGCCUGGCCCGGAUCCCUGUCGCCGGCCUGCCCCCGGUCACCGGGCCCCCGCGGGCUGCUGGGGACACCAGUGGGCGAAAUCGUGGCGUGACAAUGUUUCGUCUUUGGAACACCUAGAGCGAGGCCCGAUCUUGACGGCCCUUGCCGGAAUUUGAGGCCUUGGAUGCGGAGAACUGAAGUGGGAAACAACGGCCUUCGGGACCUCUUGUCAUCUUAAGUGUGAAGCCUUAAAAUCACCGCGCUGUUAAAUUAGUAAGGGUGAAGCUGAAUCACUGGACUCUGAGGUGCAUUUGGGUUUAAUUAAAGCAAAAUGCAAAUAAACUCCACUGAUGUUCUUUA